UCGCCUUGACGAUGCAAGACCGCUGCCCUGCAUUUGCAAGUUUAAGGCGGUCUCUCCCGACCCUCUAAUUUCCGUGGAGAAGUAGAGAUCGGCACCUCCCGCUGGCUUCAUUCGACACCCGCCAUGCCGGACUGUUUGAACAGUAGCUUAUGACUUGGAUUCUGGGUUGGACAUCUUUGGCCAGGGCCGGUUCUCUACUAACAUUCCUUUGCCAGCGACGUCCUUACGACUAUAGGCCAGGUACCAUAGCACUCUCUUUCAGCAAACCAACCAUAGAGGCAAAGCUUUGUAUCAUCCGGCAAUCCAAGCCCUCGCCGGUAAGGCAUGUUUUUGACCGCCCGAACACACAACUCUCUCCUUCUGAGCGGAUGAUCCGACUUGCCCACGGUCCAUUGCGUACCUCGCGGCUGACGAGGAUCCAGUCAUGUUUCCGCUGUGCGAAGGGAGCCGGUGUGACGAUCCUUGGACAAUUUGAAAUUCCUGUUACGCCGGCCGAGAAGACCCCAAAUUAUGGAUGGUGUGGCAAAAUCGAUGAUAACACACUUUCAACACCACCAUCAGAUUUCACGACGAAGACUUUCACCGCUCCACACCGAUGGGAGGACCCAAAUAAGGCAGGAGGGUUGAAGGCGUAUGCCAUGUCGGCCGUCGAAUUCUGAUAAAAAUGGUCACGUUAAGAGGAGCGCCGAGAGGUGGGGAGAAGGUUGGAAUGCAGGGUCCAUACCCGUUCAACUACUUUGACGAUCCGUACCUGAUUCAAGUCUAAAGCGAUGCUGACAAUCCAGUCAGUACCACUCCCGCCGCCAACAAGGUGGCAUGGAGCCCGGUGAGCAACGGUCCCAC